AUGGCGCAUCAACAAACCCAGACGCAAGGGGCCCCCUCGGCGGCCUCGUACAACUCGACUCCAGAGGCUGAGAUCCCCGGGACCACAAAGAGAACAUGGUAUCGAACGGUCUUCUUCCAAGCCACAGUCAUCGGCCUUUGUGCCUUCUUCGCCCCUGGACUGUACAAUGCUAUGCAAUCGACCGGAGCAGGUGGGCAACAAACUCCGUAUCUGGUGAUGUCCGCAAAUGCCGUCCUGGGAGUCAUGAUGGUCGUGACUUGCUCAAUGGGCAGUGUCGUCGCCAACAGGAUCGGCCUGAAGAACGCGUUGGUCUUUGGCACGACGGGAUACGCUAUAUACUCGGCUUCGCUGUACACGAACAACCGCUACGGUAACGAGUGGUUUGUCUAUGUGGGAUCCGCCGCUUGUGGAAUCACCGCAGGCGUCUUCUGGGCGGCUGAAGGGGCCAUCAUGAUCAGUUACCCAGAGGAUCACAAACGAGGCAGAUAUCUCGCCUACUGGCUGGCAUACAGAAACGGCGGCUCGAUCGUCGGAGGCGCCAUCAACCUCGCUUUCAAAUGCCUAGGUCCGUUCGUCGCAAUGCUCCUCUCGUCCGCCGAAAAGGUUCAGCGUCAAGACGGAAAGAAGGUGGCAAAAGCAGAGCGGAUUCCAACCGUGGCCGAACUGAAGGCCGUCGGCAAGAUUCUCGUCCGUGAGGACUUCCUCUUGGUCUUCCCCUUCUUCUUUUACGCCACCUUUUUGCUCUCGUAUGCGGGCUCUUACCUGUCGCUCUACUUUUCCGUCCGCUCCCGCGCCCUGGCGUCACUAGUCUCCGCGUUGGCCCAAAUCACCGCCAACUUCUUCUUCGGCCAUUUCCUCGACUGGACCCGCCUGACCAUCAACCAGCGUGCUCGGUUCGCUUACAUUGGCAUGAUGGCCCUGUUUGGGGGGACUUGGGUGUGGGCGACCAUCAUUCAGCGCGAGUACGGCUUGAAUGCACCAGCGCUGGACUGGGUGGACAACGGUUUCGGCCGUGGCUGGGCACUGUACAUCCUGCUGCAGGUUAACUUUGCCUUGGCUUACAACUACGGCUACUGGCUGGCCGGGUACAUGGCUCGUGACACUGCUGAGAUCAUCAGAUUCACGUCGACUGUACGCGCCGUCGAGGCUGCAGGCGGUGCCGUGGCAUCCGGUAUCAGCUCUACUCAUGCUCCCCUGCUGGCCGCCGUGGGAGUCAACUUUGGGCUGUGGGGCUUGGCACUCAUUCCGACGUACCUCAUUGUGCGUACCAUCGGCAUCAAACACUCGGAAGCUGUCUCUGAAGAGGAUUCUGGGAAGGGGGUAUCUGAUUAG